ACGGUAGUUGAUAUAAAAGGACACGAUCGUCCCGCGAACGACGUGAACGCCUCUGUUUCCCCAAGGGCCGUUCCUCUCCCUUAAUUAGAAGAGGGAUCAAAUUUUCAGCACGAUCAAAAAUAAAAAUAGAUUAGGGUUUUGUAAUCUCUCCUGCAUUUCCCCUAACUUCACAAUUUUUUUUUUUUGCGGGAAAAUUUGAGGACUGCGAUCGGGAUCAGGGUUCGGCUCCUCUCCCAGCUGAUCUCUUCACUUGAGUUAGAGAACAAUUCAAGUGUCCAGUGUCUUUUUUGUUCGUCACCGGCGAUCCUCAACAUGUGGUGCUGCUGCUGCGACACAGAAGAGGAUACUCAUGGACCUCCAGCUAGGGAGAACCCUGCUCCCAUUAACCACAACACUCCUGGUCAGGAUAGGGACCGAAGAGAGCCUACUGCUCCAAAGAGUGGAGCUGCUAAGAAGGCUUUGCCAAUUGAUCUCCCAGCUUUUUCCUUAGCUGACCUGAACCGGUUGACCAGCAACUUUGGCGAGAAGGCUCUAGUUGGUGAAGGAUCAUUUGGACGAGUCUUUUAUGCACUUCUACCAAAGAAACUAGACCCAAAUGCCUCUCAAGAACAUGACUCUGAUUUCCUAACUCAGCUAUCAAUGGUUUCAAGACUUAACCAUGAUUACUUUGUCCGGUUGCUGGGUUAUUGCUUGGAGGAGAAUAAUAGGAUUUUGGUAUAUGAAUUUGCAACAAGAGGGUCACUACACGACAUUCUACAUGGGAAGAAAGGGGUACAAGGUGCUGAGCCUGGUCCUGUAUUGAGUUGGAACCAGCGUGUAAAGAUUGCUUAUGGUGCUGCGAGAGGUCUUGAGUUUCUUCAUGAGAAAGUGCAGCCUUCUAUAGUCCAUCGGGAUGUGAGAUCAAGCAAUGUCCUCGUGUUUGAGGAUUUUAACUCAAAGAUCGCUGAUUUUAAUUUGACCAACCAGUCUCCUGAUACUGCAGCUCGCUUGCACUCGACUCGAGUUUUAGGAACAUUUGGUUAUCAUGCUCCAGAGUAUGCAAUGACAGGACAGUUGACUCAGAAGAGUGAUGUCUAUAGCUAUGGGGUUGUUCUUCUAGAGCUCUUAACAGGUAGAAAACCUGUAGAUCAUACCAUGCCAAAAGGACAGCAAAGUCUUGUUACUUGGGCAACACCAAGGUUAAGUGAAGACAAAGUUAGACAAUGUGUUGACCCCAAGCUAAACAAUGAAUACCCACCGAAAGGAGUUGCUAAGAUGGCAGCGGUUGCAGCACUCUGUGUUCAGUAUGAAUCUGACUUCCGACCAAAUAUGACGAUCGUUGCGAAGGCCCUUCAACCACUUCUCCAGAGAGUACAGGAAGCUAAUCAUUCCUAAUAAUUUUGGCGGAGAAACACUAGAAUCUGUAGUUGAUGUUUCACUGUACGUACCUGAAGAGAUUGAACAUCAUAGCUAACACUGUAAAAAAAAAUUACAUGUUUUCGCUGAGUUUACUAAAAUCAGUGUGCUGUUUGCGUUGUCAACCUGGAGCAUCGUGUAUUGAGAUUAGAACAUUUGGUUUUGGAUUUUAUGUAAAAUUGUUGGUGAAGAUCA